AUGGCCUACCGCCGCCCGGCCCCUCUGGCCUCAAUGGAGCCCAACCUCCACCACAACCUGGCACCCCGAGCUACAGCCCACCGCAAGGCCAUGACGAACCGCCUACCCGCCUCGCCCCUCAAGAAACAAUCCGACUAUGAAGUGGUCGCGCCCCUCGCCUCGAAGCCCGCACGUAAGCCGAUCUCAUCCCGGGCGGCUCCAGUCACCCCGCGGGUCCGCAAGGAACGUAAGAAGUACCUUUGCGCUACUCCGCCGGCAGUGCUGCACGAUCUCAAGGGACUGAGAGAGUAUGAUCGAGGACGACAGCUGGGAGAGGGUGGCUUUGCGAGGUGUUUCCUUGUUCAGAAUAAAGAUGGGUCCUUGUUUGCGGCCAAGACGGUGUCCAAGAGCAGUCUGCAGAGUACAAAGAUGAAGGGAAAGUUCUUUGGAGAGCUAUCGGUUCAUAAGACCAUGCUACACCCGAAUGUCGUCCGGUUCGUGGAGGUCUUCGAGGACGACGACAACAUCUAUAUGAUCCUGGAGCUGUGCCAUAACAAGUCGUUGAUGGACAUGCUGCGUCGUCGAAAACGAUUUACCGAGCCUGAGACCCGCUUCUUCAUACUGCAGCUGAUGGGCGCGCUCAAGUACAUGCACGGGAAACGGGUGAUCCAUCGGGAUCUGAAGCUCGGCAACAUAUUUCUGGACGCAAACAUGAACAUCAAGAUUGGCGAUUUUGGGUUGGCGGCAUUGUUGGUGGAUGAGAACGAGAGAAAGAAGACCAUAUGUGGAACGCCAAAUUAUAUUGCGCCAGAGGUGCUAUUUGAUGGUGGGAAAAAUGGCGAGGGACACAGCUUCGAGGUCGACCUAUGGGGGGUGGGGGUGAUUAUGUAUGCAAUGCUGGUUGGGAAGCCGCCGUUCCAGUCAACCGAUGUGGAUUCGAUCUACAAGAAAAUCAAAUCCAACCAGUUCGACUGGCCAGAAGAUGUGAUGGUUAGCCAGUCGGCGAAGGCCCUGGUUAAUUCUCUACUCAACCGCGACCCUAAUGCGCGACCUUCACUCGACGAGAUUGCGAAUCACCAGUUCUUCAAAUCCGGACUUUUUCCCAAGUCGAUUCCGGUUUCGGCUACCACCACGGAGCCUCCUCAACAGUUGUCGCGCGCCCCCUCGGUCACAUCGAUGCGUGCACCCUCAGUUGCGGAGUCAUCGAAAGAGAGGAACAAUGGUUCGGCUCAAUCAUUCGACGGCAUUCCUUUCGGAUCCACCCUCUCCUCCAGAGUGGGGAAACCCAUCGCCCAGACAUCAACUACUGCCAUCUUAGCUUCGCUCGCUCCAAUCAUCGUCAACCUUACCGCCUUUGCAUCCGGCAGUCUUCGUUCUCUUCCAUCGCAGCCCGCCAUCACUACCGAAGCGGUUCGUGCUUUCCGCCGUGGGGAGAGGAAUAGGGCCGUCUUCAUCAAGAAGUGGGUGGACUACACGAAUAAAUAUGGCAUGGCCUACAUGUUGUCCGAUGGUACCUGUGCAACGUUUUUCAACGACAACACAUCCCUCGUCGUCGACUCGAUCGGAGGGGAGCGUGUAGAAUGGAUUACGCACUCCCUCGCCGAGCCAGUGCAGGCGGCGCUUGGUGGUGGCAAGGAGACUAUCUUCCGACGACUGUUGACGGAGAUGUCGGUGAUCAAGCAGCGAUCCCACAGUAGCAAGGGACUCAGGGCUAAGAUGAUGAUUUGGAGGAAGACGAGCAACUACAUGAACAACUGUCUCGGCAUCACGGAGCACUGGGGCUGCGAUAGGAAGGAGUCUGUCAGGGAGCCGUCUAUUGAGCAACUUUCGAAUGUUCUACUCUGGGUUACGCACUACGCUCGAUUGCGGCGAUGCGUCGUGUUCCGUCUCAUUGAUGGCACCAUUCAGGUUGGUUUCGUCCUCCUUUUGAUGUGGCCAGUCCGCUAA